UCAUACAGAAACGAUCUUAGUCAACAAUGACACGAGGGGACGUCGCUUUGACGGGUUCAGCCGAUAAUUGUCGAAGUUACCCGGAGCCUCACACGCACAGGCUUCUCCUUCUCCCGGUGCUGUUUCUCUAACGUCCCUUUGUUCGCCACCGGCGCAGCAACGACACGGUUUUCCUCUGACCUGAAGUUGACGCACUCGUCCGCUGCCUCAUGGUGUGAGGGUGUCAUGUCGGCAGAUAGACACUUGGAGUCGGGCAGCGACGGCAGGAGAGCGGCGUAGCAUCCCACAUCUCCAAGCGGCGGAGGGUUAGCUGCGCUCCGGAUUGACUGGCUGACAGCAGACCGGUGUUUUUUCUCAGCAACAGCUGUUGUGCCAGUGUUAGUCGAACUACGACACGUCUCCUAGUAAAUGUGUCUUGGUUUCACGGACGGAACCUCCUGGCGUCGAGGCGCGGAGGAGGAAAAACGGUAACUGCGGGUUGCGAAAGACUCCGCUGUGCCUCCCUCCUCAGCCCGCAAUGUGUGGAUGUGUGCAGGAGACAACAACGGUCGGCAGCAUCUCCCCUCGCAUUUAACGACGUUUUAGAGAGCUCUCCCACGCUUGCCCUUCUACGUGGGAAAAUACCACCACAACAACUCUGACCUCUGCCUGUAACCCACCAGAUGAUGACAUCUCCGGACUCUCCCCCCCUUGUCUCCCCUUCGCCAUGUCCCGCUCCCCCUCCGUCUGUUCCCUCCUCCCCUGUGCCCUCCUCCCCAGCCCCGUCCUCUUCCUCCCUUCCUGCGCCACCUUCAUUGCCUCCCACAGGUGAGGUGAUGGUGUUGGCUCUGGGCAGAAAGAAGCAGAGGGUGCUGAUUGCUCUCUCCAUCCUCCCCAACCUCUUUCUGGCCUUUCUGCUUGCGUCCGACUCUCUCAUCACCCUCGCCCCACCCCAUCACUGCCACCUACCAGGGCCGCCACUAUCACUGGAGGUCCUGAACGCCUCCUUGCCCUGGGAGAAGGUUGCGGGGCCAGGGGACAGCAAGGGCCCAUCCCAGUGUAAGCAGUAUGUCAACGGCAGCCAGUCAGCAGUGGUUGACUGUGAGGCAGGCUGGGACUACAACGUCACUGAGGGGCUGAGGAACAACAUAGUCACAGAGUGGGAUCUGGUGUGUGGCCAGUACUGGCUGGUGCCAGUGGAGGAGGUGUGCUUCAUCCUGGGUGUCCUUACUGGCUGUCUGGGUCUGGGCUAUGCUGCUGACAGACUGGGCAGGUCCAAGACUCUGCUGACCUCCUUGACUCUGUCUGUGGUGUUUGGGGUGCUGGUGUGCGUCUCGCCGAAUCCCCCCAUCUUCAUCGUCAUGCGUUUCUGUCUGGCAGCUGCAAGUGCAGGAGUCUACCUCAUUCUGUACAUCACCCGUCUGGAGCUGUGUGAACCCUCACUGAGGCUGGUGGUGACCAUGCUGGCCGGGCUGAUGACUGUGGCCGGAGAGCUGCUGCUGCUCGCUGUGGCUCUGGGCUGUCAGUCCUGGAGGGGCCUGCUGGGAGCUGGGGCCGCACCGCUCACACUGUUUCUCAGCUAUGGCAUUCCUGGGGUUUUUCCAGAGUCUCCUCGCUGGCUCCUUCUGUCAGAACGAUCUGCAGACAUGAACUCUUUCAGUGAGAGAAGAAAUUCAAGCAGAGACUUGAGGGACGACGAGAGCUUCACAGAGCUGGACUCAGAGACGACCACCUCCUCCCGCCCCCACCUGUCCUUCCCCGAGCUCUUCCACAGCAGGAACAUCUGGAAGAACUUGUGUGUGCUUGGCUUCACCUCGUUCAUCUCUCAUGGCAUUAGUCACUGCUACAGCUCGUUCCGAGGUGACGUCAGAGGCACCGCCCCCAGUUUCUACUGGAUGUACCUGUUGUCGGUGUGUGCAGGUGGUGGCGCCUGGUUCCUGCUCUGGGCGACCGUGGACAGGUGCGGUCGCCGUGGCAUCCUGCUCCUCUCCAUGACGAUGACAGGGUUGGCCUCUUUGAUCCUUCUCGGACUCAUGGAGUACCUCAGUGAGACGGCCAUCACGGUUUUCUCAGUGCUGGGCCUGUUCUCCUCUCAGGCCACUGCCUCCCUCUGCAUCCUCUUCACUGCAGAGAUCAUGCCCACCAUCAUCAGGGGCAGCGGCGUUGGCGCUGUCCUCGCUCUGGGCUGUGUCGGCCGCCUCAGCUCCCCGCUCAUGGACCUGAGGAACCACUAUGGCUACUUCCUGCACCACGUGGUCUACUCGUCUCUGGCCCUGUUGGCCGUGCUGUCCAUCCUGCUGCUGCCCGAGAGCAAGAGGAAACCGCUGCCGCAGACGCUGGCCGAUGGGGAACAGUACAGACGCCCCCCGCUGGGCAGGAGGAGGAGGGACAAUGUGCCGCUCCUCGCGACACCCAACCCAGAGACUUAAAAGACAAAGAGACAGAGGGGAAGGACUGUGCUGACUGACAUCAGUCAGUGUGGCGUGCAGCCGGAACAUUUACAUCUGUCAGGUUCCCGCAGAGGAGCAGUGCAGAAAGAUGGACGGAGAAAGAGGUUGAGAUUUCCUGACAUAUACUGUAGACCUCUAGUCAUUUCAAACACAGGCUGAUGAUCGAACAGCCAGCGUUUUUCAUCUUUCUGUUCAGAUGUGGUGUACACACACACUCACUAAGUAUCUUUAGUACGAUCUCCUCGCGACAGGCGGUGGCUGCUCCUCCACACAGCCUGUGACAGAGAGGUUAGCUGCUUUCGACUCACGGCCCAGAUGCGACAAAGUUGAGAGAGUAGUCGCAAAUUCUUGCAUCUAAAAACUGCAUAGACUCUUUUUUUUAGUCAUGUUUGUUGUGUACGACGACACUAAAUGUGAAAACUCACAUGAAGGUUUCCAUUCCGAACAGAGAAGGACUCAGUACAUACAGUAUGCUGUCACUCCUGACAGGAUUGUGGGUGACACUUGCCUUGUAAAUACUCUAGACUUAGUUUCUUAAACUUGUGUGGCUGUUUGAGUUGUGGAGGCUGUAUGCACACUUGCACAGUUUGCGAUAAAGCGGAGAGGAUUUUCACUGAUAUUUUUUUUGGAAGAGAUGAAGGUUAAUUUGACCAGUCUUCAAAUUUAAGGAACAGUUUUUAAACUUAAAUCCACAUUUCUUUUGGAUCAGAGACAAAAAAGGGAGAACAAAAGCGUCCUUAAAUGAAAAUCUUUAUCUUCACUCUGCAGUUACUGAAUCUGGCCUGGAGCCAGCUAUAUUUAAAACCUAAGUUAAUAAGCAUAAUCAAUAAAUUAUAAAGAGUUUUUAAAAUGUUGGUAAUAAGCUAUAUAUUGCUAAAUUGGCAUGGAAUAAAGCUUACGUUUUCCUGACGUCUCUGAUCUCCUAACAUUGCUAUCUGCAUGUUUAGAGGAACUUGAAGGGCUUUUUUUUCCUCCUCUUGUUUGGCUCAGUAAUUCUCUACAUGGCCACUUAGCUGCAAAAGAAUAAGACGGGUACAAAUGAACGUUAGAAGUUAAACACUGACUUUUGAGUAAGCAGACGCUAGUCCCCUGUUGUUUGAGCUGAAUGUGUAUCAAUGCUGGAAAAAAGGGCCCAAUGAUGAUGACGCUACAUGAAGUGAGACUUGGAGCUGAAGAGGGCCCGGAGCUUCCAAAUGAACCCCCCUACUCCGCCUCAGCCGCACACCAAAGAUGACUGUUACCUUCUUUGUUUUGAGUCUGUUGGCUAAUGCCUGUUCUGAUCUGGUUAAUUCUUGUUUUGCGAGUGUGUGGCAGUAAGAGGACAUGAGAGGGGGGUUUGAUUUGAGGAGUCACUGAAGGACACCGAAACCUCUGUUAACCUUUCAGUAGUUCUUGAUUUUAUCUGUAUGUUGCACUCGACACCAAACACUUAUACUAUGACUAUUAACCUGGCUCGAGUAAUAUUAUAUCUGACAACACUGGUGGUCUGUGAUGCUGUUAACUCUGUAGCCUGAUUUCAUGUCAAAUUAAAACUUGUUACAUAAACAAA